AGCUAGUGAGAGAGUGAGAGAGAGUGUGAGGGAGAGUGGACGGGGGGUGGCGAGUUCCCGCGGCCAUAGCAGAUUUUGUUUACCAUUCUGAGCCGCCCUGUCCCUUCAGCCUCGCUUCUUCUUCAGCGUCUUGUGCUUCGACAGCGGGUGAGGCCUCUAAGCCGCCGCCGCCCUCCACCGCCAUCAUACUUUACAAAAUAAUGAGUGUAAAUCUGGGCAAUGACACGAAGGCCCCGUCCCCGGUCAGAACACCAGACGACAACCACAAGGAGAGUCGAUACGAGCCGAAACAAAACAAAAAGAUUGUUCGGCUGCUUACAGUGAUCGCGUAUGUCAUAUCGGUGUCCAUGGCCGCCAUAAUACUGUCCCUGUACUAUGUGUUCCUGUGGGAUCCGCAGAUGAGGUACCAACCCAAAGCCAAACACGGCCCGCAUAACAAAAACACCAACACCAUAGAGGAUAAUUCAGCGGCCACUUCUUACUACUCUUUUCCGUCUGAAGACGCUGCGGACAGAGUCUUGGGGAUGAACGAGGGGGACCCCACGCCCAAGGUGUUGCCCGUGGCAGGGGACGACCCACCCGCACUGCCCACCCACACGCCGCCAGAACCCGCCCUCCACCAGCCCCACCAAUCCCCCAACCUGCAGGGUGACUCGUCGUCGUCAUCACCACAGCGCCACCACAACGCUGCCGCCCUGCAGCACCGGCAGGAGCGCCAUCCGCAGCGGCCCAGACACCCACAGGGGGACCCGCUCACGCCCGCCGCCUGAGGCCACCCACAUCCCUCCCUCCUCCCAACGCCCACACCCCAGAUGAUCCCCUACUGAACAAGGGCGUGCCUCAGGGGCCGGGCCGGGCCGGCUCACGAGCCCACGAGGACCAAGGGUGCACUAGGGUCACACCUGCCUAGUGCCACACCUGUACACACCUGCACGGAGCCACCCCUUCCUCCACCACCACCACCACCACCACCACCACCACCACCACCACCCACAUGUCUGCCCCUCAGUAACUCACGAGUUUUUGCACCGCUGUACGAAUGAGGAGAACAAUGGUUACUAAUGGACCGCGGCACACGCUGACGCCCUGUGCGGUCCUUGUUGUGUUCCAGUUUGUACCUCCGCCAUACCGGGUUUUUAUGAACGCUGAGGUUUUUUGUGUUGUUUUAUCGCGAUGAUUGGUGAAAAUGUCGCAAGUAUAAGCUUUUGGACAUUUUUCAGGCGUGACUUAACAAAACCUUGUCUUUUGAAUCAUUCAUUACCAAGUGUUUGGAGUAUAUACGAUACAUAAUUUGUAUAUACUGCACGAGUAUCACUAACUUGAUUUUUAUUCCCAUCUUUCCUUUUUCAUGUAAAUCGUCCUUAUUCUGAUCACAUUCCCUCAAUGUU